UUCUCUGUGAGGAGCAGCUACUGCGCUGCUGUGUCCAAAUAAUUGGCAAUUCUCAGCCUCUUUGUCUUCGGUAACAGGCCAGAAUGCAGAUCUUCAUGAAGACCUUGACUGGCAAGACCAUCAUUCUAGAGGUUGAGCCCAGUGAUACCAUUGAGAAUGUGAAGACCAAGAUUGAGGAUAAAGAGGGCAUCCCUCCCAACCAGCAGAGGCUGAUCUUCGCAGGCAAAUAGCUGGAAGUUGGCCGCACUCUUUCUGACUACAACAUCCAGAAAGAGUCCACUCUGCACCUGGUCCUGCGUCUGAGAGAUGGUAUGCAGAUCUUUGUGAAGACCCUGACCGGCAAGACCAUUACCCUGGAGGUGGAGCCCAUUGAUACCAUUGAGAAAGUGAAGGCCAAGAUCCAGGAUAAAGAGGGCAUCCCUCCUGACCAGCAGAGGCUGAUCUUCACAGGCAAGCAGCUGGAAGAUGGCCACACUCUUUCUGAUUACAACAUCCAGAAAGAGUCUACCCUGCAUCUGGUUCUCCGUCUCAGGGGUGGCUAUUAGUUUUACAGUCUACCCUCCCAGUGUCCAAAGAUGGCAUUACUCAGCACUGUAGCCAUUUGCCCCAAUUUAAGUUUAGAAAUUAACCAGUUUCAGUAUUAGCUGAACCUGUUCAAAAUGUUAAUAAAGGUUUUGUUGCAUGAUAGCAA